UAAAGUAUAAACAAAUCAGCUCAUAUGCAAAAUUUAGAUAAAAUAAGGAAUAAUUUAAAUAGCAAGCUAUAAAUUUAAACAGAAUUAAAUGCUAUAUUAAUAGGUGGAAACAGCUUAAGCAAUUUAGGUUUGAUAUGCAAUUAAGGAGCCACAGGAAACAUCUUUUCAAAUAACGUUGGCUCUACUACACAUGGCAACACGCCAAUCAAUAAUUGUUAGAAUAGCUCAUUUUAAAAUUCAAAUCAAACAUUUAAAAAGGUUCUUUCUAUAACACCUUAAUAUUCUAGCAGUAAUAAAAUUAACUUAUUCUAAAGCUAGAAUAAAUAAAUUCAAGAUCUUUCUUAAAAUCAGAAGAAGGACUCUGCCUGUUCUUAUUCUGCUUCAUAGAUUUCAGCACAGUCGUCUUAAAAAUUGAUAUAGUAAUAAAUGCAAAAUGGAAAAAAACUUUAAAAUAAAAUUGAUAUAGAAAAUGAAAAUAACUUUUUAAAGAACAAAAACGAAGAAGUAGAGGAAUAGCUUCAUGAAGAUACUGAUCAUUAAGAUGGUAAUGCAGACUCGAAUUUUAUACAACACCAAGUAAUCAAUUCAGGUGUACAACGAAAUAAUUCUGCACUAGAAGGAUAUUCUAAAAAUAGUUAGCAUCAUAAAUAAUCUGAUUUAGAUAAUUUAAAUUUAGCAGCAACUCUUAUUUUUGAAAAACUUAAAAAAAGAGAUAAAAAUUCUAACUCAGCGAAAGGGCAUCCAAGAAAUGUACACUAAUCAGGUUUAACUUCUAAUGCUUCUUAUUCGAAAUCUUCUCUUCCAUCAAAUAAUUCCACAACUGUUAAUCACUACUAAGGGAAUAAUAGCAGCAGUAAUAAUAAUAAUAAUAAUUACAAUUUCAACUAGCAAAUUUUAGGAUCCAACAAAAACAGCAUUUAACCUUCUCAAGCAUCUUAGCCAUAAUAGCGCACAGCUUUUCUCAGCAACAGCAUAAAUAAUUUUAACAGUAAAAAUAUGUUUGGGUUACAAUAAACGAAUUUGAACAAUAAUUCAAAUUAAGUCCAAUCAAAUUCUGCAAAUCAACUUUCAAAAACAUUGAGUUUCACUAUAUAACAAUAUCACUAAUUGAUGAAUCAUGAUACACAUCAACCUUACUAGUAAUAAUAGCCUCAACAUUCUUAGAACUAAUUUAUUAAGCAAAUUCACUAGCUUGUAAACAACUAGUAGAAUGAAAUUCAUAACUCCAAUAGUGUUAAUUAAAGUAAUAUUACAGGAAGUUAGUAGUAAGGGUAAAGCUAACCAAAUUUUUUUAAUAACACCAAUUUAUCUGGAAUUAAAUCACCUACCUAAUAGUUAAGCAAUACAUAAAAACAUAGGAAAGUAGCGUCUAUGAGCUCAAGCUCACCAAAAUACAGCAAAGAAAAUAUGUAUAUUGAUUGCUCCAAAGGAUCUUAUAAUAUAGUUGAUGUCAAAAAGCUAUUUAAAGGAAUUAGUCCUUAAACAACAUCUAAUUUCCAUCUUCUUUCAACAAAUUAAAUUAAUUCAAAUGGUGCAAAGUAACUGAAAUAGUUAAACUCUGGUGAAAAGGGAGAAGCAAAUUUCUGCACUCCUCAUAAUCAUUAGAAUUAAUCCGUUUAAAAUGCAGAUAAUUAAAACUAUUUAUAAAUCAAGGUUAGCAAAACACCAGGAAAUUUGAGUUUUAAUUAAAAAAUCACUAAUAAUUGUUAAAAUAAUGAAGUAAGUAGAGAUAUUGAGAAAUCUUCUCAUAGGAGUUCAGAAAAAAGUAAAAACUUUUUGUCUAAAAUAACAAAUUAAGGCAAGAAUAAUAACACAAAGCCUGCUGUUCAAUAGCAGUAAUUGUAAGCUAAAAAGACUUAACAAAAGAAAUCUCAUAAAAGCUAAAGUUGCAUAUCAGUUUCUACUGCAAACCCAAAUCAUUAGAAAAUUGCUUAAAAUAGUUUGAACUAAAAUAAAAAUUAAGAAGAGCCUAAAAAAAUUCCUUAACUUUCAAUUCAAAGCGGAGUAGGUGGAGGAGGAACUGAUCUCUUAAUUAAAUAAAAUAAAUAAAUUUAUUAAAGCUAAGUAAAUUUUUAACUGUUGAAAUAGCAGUUAAUAGAGUAGCAUAGUUCAGCCAAAAAUUAAAAUGAUAAGCAGAGUUAGCAUUAAUAAAAUCAUGUCAGUUGUGAUGAUACAACUGCCGUAAAUAGUUAUACAAAGGAUAAAAUUUCAGAAAAAGAUUAGCAACACUCAAAGAGCUCUGAGCAGAACUUAAAUUUAGAAAAUGCAAAAAUUUCAUCGAAAUUCGAUUAGAUUUUAAAACAAAGAAUUGAUUAAAACAGCUAUUCAGAAAUUAUGGAAGUCUUUUCUUAGCUGAGCUCGUCAGAUAUCUAUUUCUAAUCAAGCCUUUAGAAGUUAAAGAUUUGUUUAGAUUCACUUAUGCAUGACAUGAAUUCUAAAAUAAAGAAUUUAAAAAUAUUUGCAGCAAAAACUUAGCAGCUAAAAAAGAAUGUAGAAACUAUUAACAAUGAAAAAAAGUAAUUAAUAAAUAAAGUUAACAUUCUUUAAAAUGAGAAUUAGCAGUUGCUUAGCAAUUCUACAAACGUGACAAACUCUAAUCAAUCAAAAACAAAUAAUAACAUCAAUAUUCCUUCUGACAACUACAAUAAUAAUAUUAAUUUUAAUCAAAAUCAAAAGUUACUUAGCAGUGGAUAGUCUCCUACAAAUUAGGUCGAGUUUAUUGCAAAAACCAAUUAAGAAGAAACUUAAUAGUAUAAGGUAUAAUCAUUAAAGCAGUUUAAUAGCCCAAAUGAAAAAUAAAUAGAAAUUAGCCGCUUUUAAGAAAAACAAACUCAGACAAUAUUAAAAGAAAAUGAUUCAACAGAAAAAUAAAAAUAAAACUAAUAAAAUAAUUUCCAAGUAACAAAAGAAGAAAUUGAAGAAGUCUACAAUGAAAACUAAAUACUGAGAGAGUAUGUAGUUGAACAAGAAAAAAAAUUAACUGCAUACAAAGACAAGGAAUCAAGCAUGAUCAAACUUCUUCUUGCAAUAAAAAAAAAUGGAGUUGACAUUGAUGAAAUAUAUGAAAGAGACGUUGUUAAUUAAAUACACUCACACAAAUAGCAAAAUUUGAAUAAUAACAAUGAUGAUGAUGAAGAAGAUGAUGAAUAGGAAGAAAAUGAUUAGGGCUAAGUAAACAAUCUUGUAAGAUCAAGGUAUAUUGAAAAUUUAAAAAAUGGAAUCAUCGACUAAAGAAACAAUUCAUAGUUCUUUGGAUAUGCAGACGAGUCAAUUAUAAAUGAUUCUGAUGAAAGUAGUUUUAAUUAUUAUGGAAAACCUUAAAGCUUAGAAAAUUCCCUUCUUAAUCAAAUUGAUUAACUUAAGUAUUAGUCUAAUGCAAACAGUGGGAGAUCUAAAAUAGAGGAUGGUAUUCAAAAGAAAUUAAAGUUAAAUUUAAAUGAAAUUAAGAAAAUCCCAACUUAAACUAACGAAGAAGCUGUGCAAAAUAAUAAAAAUGGAAACUAGGUUGAAGAAAUUUACUAAAAAUAAUAACUUCAACAGUAAUAAAUAAAUUAACUACCAUGCUACGAAAAUGCACAUCAAAAAGUGGAAUAAAACCUUCUCAAAAAUGAGUUUAUUAACAAUAACUCUAAAGGAUUUAUAAACGAAAACAUAUUCAUUGAGCAGGAAUAUUAGGAAUGUAAUUUUGAUUAAAGUUAAAAUAAAUAAUUAUGCAAUAUUUUAGAAGAUAUUAAUAAUAUUAACAUAUUAGACAGUUCGUACUCUUGA